CCAGUACAGGUGAGUGAGCUAGGGCUCAGCCAGGAUUGGGGGAUUUGCUAACAGCUACCCGAGUGCCUCCAAAGGAGACCUAACACUUCAAGAGUAGCUGCUUCGCGAAUGAAUCUACAACCGGAUCGGAAUCGCGAACCGCUUAGAAGAUCUGUCGAGAAACAUGCCAGAAACUCAGCGGGCUGAUGUUUAGGUUAGAUUGCACGUCGAAUUCUUUGCCGUGUUCGACGAGUACAUUUACCGGUGUCCCUAAACCUGUUCUUAGUGUUAGAGCUAAAGGCGUCUAAUACAAGGGUCAUUGAACCUGAUAGACCCGUAAGGCCGUGUCUAAGACGAAAGUGUGUUGAAUCCUUUUUUUUGUGAUCAUGAACUUGGUAGGUACAGUUUUUUUGGCACCUGUCGGAUUUUUUUUCCUACCUAUGCUAAUAGCCUUGAGAGGCUAUAUCAGCUUCUCUUUGAGGUGUAGGUGAACUCACGGGGCUCAAACCGGGUGUUUUGCUAACACGCCCUAGUAAGAGUAGUGCUUCGCAUAAUCUACCACCGGAUCGGAAACGCGACCCACUGAGAAGAUCUGGUGAGAAACUAAGUGGGCUGUGUCUGUGGGUUAAUUGACUCGUCGAGCCCUACAUCGCAAGCGACGGAUUCGACGAGCGCGGUGAUCUGCCCUCUUCCGAAGUUUUCUAUCAUAGUACUGUCAACGUAUGGGGAGACACGCGAGUACAAUACCGUCUUUACCAUAAGGGCACACGGGGCCAAAGGCCCCCAUUCUCAGGGGGCCCCUAAGGACCGACAAUUUCUCUCACACAUUUAUUCGGUUUCCGUUAUCGUGAUCGUAACCAACAAACCAGCAGCAUUCUAAUAAUAAUGACAUAUUAUAUUAUACUGUAUUUGAUUACCUAUAAUAAAUGGUCAUACUCAGUAAAAAAAUGUUAUUAUAAUUCGCUUUUUUUACUUUCCACAAGGGCCUCAAAUUCUUGUGUGCUCAAGGGCCCCAGCCUAAUUUAAGACGUCCCUGCGCGAGUAUCUAGUAAUCAAUGAUUUUACGUACAAUAACCUAUAUCAAACCACAGUUUCACUUGUACAUUACAUAUAUUUUAUAAAGCGCUUUAAAGCUGUAAAUAAUUCGUUACCGCUACACGUAAAAUUAUGUCACUAACCAAACACAUUUCCCGCCACUGCCGGCGCGGCGCGUACGCUUCGACAUUCGAAUUUCGAACGGUCUACGUUCGCAAUGGUGGAGCGCUUCCAAUAGAAAUUGAAAAAAAUACCUUGAGUUUUCUAUUAAUUGUUUUUGUGUGUUUAAGUGUGCUUUAAUAUUAUUUUAAGUACGGAUUUUGUUGUGUUCUGAUUAUUUUUUUUAAAUUAGUAAUGGCGAAAAUGAACCCGCGUCUCGCUUUCGCCAUUAUAUCGUCGACCUGCUGGUCUGCCUUCCAGCAUGGAUACAAUACAGGCGUGAUAAACGCUCCGCAGGCGGUCAUGAGCGAAUGGCUUCAGAAAGAGGCGCUUAGUGGGACGAACACCUCGGUCUCCGCCAUGGUCGAUCCAAAGGUGACUUCGGUCUGGUCGGUGGCUGUCUCCAUAUACUGCGCCGGCGGCAUGAUUGGUGGUGUGAUCACCGGAAUCAUUGCCGACAGAUUCGGCAGAAAAGGCGGUCUGCUGCUCAACAACGUGCUGGUAUUCCUGGCGGCCGCUCUGCAGGGAGCUUCGAAGGUCGUCAAAUCGGCGGAGAUGCUCAUCCUUGGAAGAUUACUCAUUGGCGUUAACAGUGGCCUGAACGCGGGCUUAGUGCCUCUCUACCUGUCAGAGAUAUCGCCAGUGUCAAUCAGAGGCUCGAUCGGCACAGUUUACCAGCUCGUCAUAACAGUCACGAUACUGCUGUCCCAGCUGCUAGGGCUGAGCAGUGUGCUCGGCACGGAGGACGGCUGGCCAUGGUUAUUGGCACUGACAGCGGCGCCGGCCGUCCUGCAGUGUCUCACGCUGCCCCUAUGCCCAGAAUCGCCAAAGUACUUACUCCUGAACCAGGGUCGAGAGCUGCACGCCCAACGAGCAUUGAACUGGCUGCGAGGCGACGUCGCGGUGCACGGCGAGAUGGAAGAAAUGCAUCAGGAAGCGGAGAAGAAUAAGAUCAGCAAGAAGGUCACCCUGCGAGAGUUGUUCCGAAACAGGAACCUCCGUCUGCCCCUCUUCAUAUCCACAGUCGUGAUGAUAGCUCAACAGCUCUCCGGGAUAAACGCUAUAAUAUACUUUUCGACUGACAUCUUUGAGAAGACUCAUCUCGGAUCUGAUGCUGCGCAGUACGCUACUUUGGGCAUAGGCGCCAUGAAUGUCGUAAUGACGAUAGCCAGCCUCGUGCUCGUCGAGGUGGCUGGCAGAAAGACCCUCCUGCUGGCAGGGUUCUCGGGAAUGUUCAUAUGUACCGUCGGCAUAACAGUCGCUACUUCAUACACUCAGCACGUCUGGGUGUCGUAUCUGUGCAUAGCGCUCGUGGUUCUCUUCGUGACGAUGUUCGCGAUCGGUCCGGGUUCGAUACCCUGGUUCUUGGUGACAGAGUUAUUCAACCAAUCAUCUCGGCCGGCCGCGUCAUCUGUCGCUGUCACUGUCAAUUGGACGGCCAAUUUCAUUGUCGGAUUAAGCUUCUUACCGCUCUCGCUCGCCCUGGGGAACAAUGUUUUCGUGAUAUUCGCGGUCCUACAAUUCCUGUUCAUAAUUUUUAUUUACACUAAAGUACCUGAGACGAAAAAUAAGACUGUUGACGAGAUAACCGCCAUGUUUAGGCAGCGGAUGUAGGAGGGGGCAGGGGCAGCGGAGUGGGUUCCCCAUCAAGGGAUCCCAUCAAACAUCGGGCCGAUAUCUUCGACGGCUUGUUAGCGAAAUUAAAACAUCAUUGGCGCCAUCUACUGUUGAGGGUGGUAAUAACAAGCGGCCACAAGGCACAACCGUUCAAAUGACCUUGAAAUACCUAUAUGUCGGAGAAACCACAAUAUUAACACCAUCAUCAGACAUCGUAGAGGCGAAUAGGGUCAUCGAGCUAAGAGUAAUAUUGAGUACACCAAUCAUGUUUGUUGUCUUAGAACGAUUUAGAAAUCUUCUCUUGACGUUAGCAAACGAAAACGAAUGACAGUUCUUAGGACGGAGGCACCGCUCUUCAAGAAGGCUGCUUGGUAAGUGUGAUGGCGUCUACGCGCCUCCAUCGGCUAGGCUCUGUCGCAGCACGAAGUUAGCCGAGUUCCGACGAUACCGCGAUCGUGCUGCCAUCUCUCGAGAAUCGUGCUGCGUUUCGUUUAGAUACUAAGCUAAUGACCGUCGCCGACAUUUAUAUGAUGCGAUAUGGGAAUCGAAUCCACGACCCUCCACGCGGCAGUCAGAACGCCAACUCAUGUGCCUACUGAGUCAGUAGAUGAUGCAUACUUUGAGAUAUCAACUCGAAUAACCUAAACGCGACAGUCAAUUUUAUUGUCUUAAAAACUAUUUAUGACGUGAAUUUUAAUACUCUAAGGUGUAGUGAAUAAGAAAUUUGAUACUUAAUCUAAGUUAUAUAUAUCUACAGUGGUUUUUACGGAUGUUCCGUUAUAACUACUGAACCAUGCAUCCGAUUGACUUGAAACUUGGUAUCCAUGUAGAAAAUGCAUGUACUUAAUGGAUAGGCUAAUAUUUAUAUGAGUGUUGGACUCCCUACACCAGUUGCGGGGGCGUUAAUGAUGAGAAUAUUUGUGGGGGUGAGAAAUAAUAAUGUUAAUUUUAAAUGCCCAAUGAAGCGGACUGGUACAGCUAGUUAUUUAUAAUAAUAUGCAUUCAUUAUGUUACGUGCGAGUUUUUUAACGUUCUCGAUAGUGUAAAAGUUAACUCAAAGUUAUAUGGAUUUGGAACGUUCGCCUACUUUGCCGCUAGGGGCGCUGCUCAAACUGCAUACAAAUUACAGUUAACGUUUAAGUUAUCGUGAACGUUAAAACACUCGCACUAAGCACACUGAUUUAUACAGUUGAGGUUUCGACCUCAUGACUCGAUGGGUGGCGAAAAAAAAACCAAGCCUUCAUUAAUCCAUUGCAAGAUGCGACAAUAAUUUUAAAUGUGGUCUGUAUUUUUCGACGGAAUAUUUUAGUGGCUUGGCUCUUGACUCGGCAGCUAUAUAUUAUGGAGGGUGGAAGUAAGAAGCACAAUCUUGUAUAGGACAAGUUGAACAAGUGUCGAUUUGUAAUUAUUUGUAACAACUUGUAAUUGUUUUUUGGGUUAAUUUUCAAAAUGGAGGGUAGAAGUAAAGGGCGCCAUUUUGUAUAGCGGAAAAGUAUCCACCUGUAAACAGCAAGUUAAUGUUGGAAGGCUCACCGAAAUAGCGCUAGUGUAGCAAGUGGAAACGAUAUGAUUAAUAUAAGGGAUUUUUUGACCUGGUAACUAAGACCUUUAAGUUUUUUUUUUUUAUUGCCUUUGUAGGCAGACGAGCAUACGGCCCACCUGAUGGUGAGUGGUUACCGUCGCCCAUCGACUUCAGCAAUGCCAAGGGCAGAGCCAAGCCGCUGCCUACCGCUGCCUACCGCUUAAUACUCUCCACAAGCCUCGUUUGAAGAAGGACAUGUCAUAGCGCUCGGGAAACACCGUGGAGGGGAGCUCAUUCUAUAGGCGGAUGGUACGUGGCAAAAAAGAUCUCUGGAAACGCACUGUGGAUGACCGCAGUGGCUCCAGGUAGUAUGGAUGAACUCUACUCCGGUGACGGGCGGUGCGAUGGUAAAAACGAGACGUUGGUAUCAUCUCGAACAAUUCCUCAGAGCACUCCUCAUGGAACAUGCGGUACAAAAUACAGAGGGAACCGAAGUCCCUCCGCAGACCCAGAGGCUCCAAACGAUCCGUGAGAAUGGGAUUAUCGACAAUCCGAACGGCUCUCUUCUGUAUGGAGUCAAAUGGAAGAAGCUGAUAUUUGGGAGCCCCGGCCCAGAGAUGGGAGCAGUACUCCACGCGAGGCCAGACUUGUGCUUUAUAGAGCAAAAGUCUUUGUCCAGGUGUGAAGUACCGCUUGGCUCUGUUGAGGACUCCCAGCAUUUUGGACGCCAACUUGGCUUUGCCUUCCAAAUGACUCCGAAACUGGACAUCGCUCGAAAUGUCGACCCCAAGUAUCCCGAUACUUUUGGAAGGUUGUAGGGAUACUCCUUGGAAUUGCGGCGCCAUGACAAAGGGGUCCUUCUUCGCAGUGAACGCGCAAACUUGUGUCUUUAUCGGGUUGAAUUGAACCAAGUUCAAUUCACCCCAUUCGGAGACUCGCCCCAGAGAGUUCUCCACUUCAGACACAAGUUUUGAUCGUCUCUCUUGCACCAUGCUCCGAGAGAGACUCUGAUGGCCGAUAUAUCGCGCAUCCCCCGUGCUGUCAUCCGCAUAGCAAUGCAUGCCAUCAAUAGACAGCAUGUCAUUGAUAUGCAGGAUGAAAAGCGUGGGGGAGAGCACCGAACCUUGUGGAACGCCAGCGUUAAUGGUCAUGGUAUCAGAGCAGUCACCGUCUACAACGACCGUGAUGCUCCGCCCAUCCAAGAAGCUAGCGAUCCACUUGCAGAGACCCUCGGGGAUUCCGUAAGAUGGUAACUUCGAUAGAAGUGCCCUAUGCCAGACCCUGUCGAAGGCCUUCGCGAUAUCAAGGCUCACAGCAAAAGCCUCGCCCUUGCUCUCCAAGGCUUCAGCCCACCUGUGAAUAAGGUAUACAAGAAGAUCGCCAGCUGAGCGACCGUGACGGAAACCGUACUGUCGGUCACUGAUCAACUGGCGAUCCUCCAGAUACUUCAGGAGUUCUAUAUUUAUUAUUCGCUCCAUCACCUUGGAAAGCAAGGAAGUUAUCGCGAUAGGCCUAUAACUCGAUGGGUCCGACCGGUCACCCUUCAUGGGGAUAGGGUGGACGUGGGCAGUCUUCCAUGAAGACAGAACCCUGUUAGUGCAAUAAGAGAGGCGAUACAAACGCGUUAGCGCAGGUGUCAGCUCAGGGGCGGCUAUAUAUUAUGGAGGGUGGAAGUAAGAAGCACAAUCUUGUAUAGGACAAGUUGAACAAGUGUCGAUUUGUAAUUAUUUGUAACAACUUGUAAUUGUUUUUUGGGUUAAUUUUCAAAAUGGAGGGUAGAAGUAAAGGGCGCCAUUUUGUAUAGCUGAAAAGUAUCCAUCUGUAAACAGCAAGUCCGACCGGUCACCCUUCUUGGGGAUAGGGUGGACGUGGGAAGUCUUCCAUGAAGACAGAACCCUGUUAGUGCAAUAAGAGAGGCGAUACAAAUGCGUUAGCGCAGGUGUCAGCUCAGGGGCGCACGUUUUCAGAACCACUGCGGGGAUGCCGUCUGGUCCACUCGACUUAUGGACGUCCAGGAGUCGGAGCUCCCGCCUGACUGCACAUGUCAUGUCAUGUCAUGUCUUAUUUUAAUUUAUAUUCUUAUUUUUAUGAAAAAUGAUAAUCUGGAUUGAAAUGAAAUGAAGAUAAUUAAUUUGAGACAUUAAUCAACGGGGAUAAAAUUAAAUGAAAUAAGAUGAGAUGAUACGGGAUGAAAUAAUAUAAUCUCAGUAAAAUGGUGGUGGUCAUUUACUGAGAUUUUUUCAGUGGACUUUUUGGAGGAUCCCGAGGGAAGUUACGUCCAGCGGCUUUGUUUCAUUUUCCCACAUUUGUGCGCUUUCACAGAUACCCACUAAGCAGUUAAUAAACCACCGUUAUUACACAUUUAAACCUGAAGAAACACUAAAUAGACAAAAUAAAACAAAUCACACAACUUCACUACUCGCGUCCCGCCAAAAAGUCCGAAACGUUAUGAAUAUAUUAGUUUUAAACAGAGUAGCAAAAAAAAUUAUACAAUAUUUAAAAUCUCAACUAUUUAUUUUUAUUACUAUUUUUACGUAGAAUGUGUUUAUUUCCUUAUUAAUUUAAUAUCCUACUCAAAUAGUUUAGGGCGCGCUGUUAUUAAAAUCCUUCCACUUGCUACAGUGGCGCCACCUUAAUUGACUCUUUCAGCGGAAACUCUUUUAAUACACUGAGAUGGUACAACUCACUUCUACCCUCCAUACUUGAAUAUAACAUUUUGACAAAGCAAGGUUUGUUUCAGAAGAACUAUCCUUUUUUUUUAACUAUUAAACAUAAUGUGUAAUUUUUU